UAUUUACUUAAUUUUUAACUUGAAUUCUUCAGUUGACUAAUAUCAUACUUGUCACCAUGGCUGAACAUACAACUGCCCAAUAUGAAUAUCCUGCUAUUCGUAUGUAUAAAGCCUUUUUCAUUGUGAAAAAAUUGUUUCUUAUAGCAUCUCAAAAGGAAUUAGAUGAUCAUGAUGUUCCAUUCUUCAACAGAGAUAAAUGUGCUGCUCAUUUAAUCAAUUAUUACAAAUGUCUUGAUAAAGGUACUUCAUUCUGUAAUAAGACUAAAGAUGAAUUUUAUAAAUGUCAAUAUAUUGCCUUAAAGGAAAGACUUGACGCCCAUACCAAAGCAUCUCAUUAA